UCAGGCACACCCGCCCGCCAGUCAUGCCUCAUAAUAUCACCAAAAGACCGGCACCACAGGAGCCAGAGCAACAGGGAGCUAUCGCAGAUUGUCUUUCAGGUUCAGCUCCCUUCAGAUAUGCAGCCGUCUUCUCAGCAGAGGCGCCCGAAGAGACAGCGCUGUCUGUCAAACAAGACUCCAUCAGUAGCAGCGCCCCCGCUAGCACCAGCGCCAGCGCCAGCACCGACGAAAGAGCAAUGUGGACUACGCUGUGAAUGCUGAACGAAUAAUGGACUUCUUGAUAAACGUGUUCCAAAAGGAGGUGGCGAGGCACGUUAAUGCGGACGUCGAUUACAUUGCACAAGUUGGCGUGUUGUCGCCGAAUUCGUCAAACGUGUUGCGAACAUCACCUUCGCCCUGGGAACCGUCUACGUCGCCGUCGAACGUGAAUGCGACAGAGUGGGCAAUCGCACAGGCCCUGGAAGCCACCUCGCCAGCGUCAGUCAGGCAUAACGGUAGCGACGACGACGACCACAUCAACAGCAACGAUGAUCAUAAUGGCGAUAACGAUGAUAGCACUGACGACGGCGACGAUGACAACGAUAUUGCGGGACCCACAACCGGUGCCGUUGCCAUUGCCGCUUCAAGGCACAUCAUCAGGAUUUCCAGAGUUGAAGGAGCAUUACAAGUCAUCCAGAACGCACAGUUGGACAAGAAUAGUCGCAAUACGAUCUACGUCCCACCUAGCCUUUCAACAGCAGAGAACUACGUGAAGGCUCACAUUUUCUUGUGGAAAUACCAGAGUGCAGACUAUCUGGCAUAUCUUAACCUGGUUCCCAGCCCUCGAAAGAACCUUGUAUUGCGGAACACCAUCAAGCAAUAUGGUGAAAACUUAGUCUAUACGAAAACAACAAAGGGCGAGACGCGUACAAGCACCUGCUCCGUACGCAACCCGCAUACGGCGAAGCAGCUUAUCCAGAUAGCUUCAUUCACAUGGCGGAAACUCCUGGUACCCGGGAGGGUGGGCAAGCGCGUACACGAUCAAGCACGGUUCCCGCACAUUCGUGAGCAUUUGAACAUACCGGCACGGCACCAUAUACUGUUGCGUGACGAGGAUAUGGGCAACCUGAUGCUGUCCGACGUCUUUAGCGUUCAAACGCGACAUAACGUCCCUGGAUCGGCCCUGGCUUUAGGGAUUGUCUUCUCUCUACCAAGAGGAAAGACCAACCAACGCGGCGUCAACAUAUACACAAUAGUAUAUCGCCAUCGGAACUUCGUUCGCUGUACAGUUGCCGUAUUUGGAUAGUACAUGCUUGAGCGUUUUCAAGUAAGCAUCCGAU